AUGGCACCAACUCCCUUAUUGAAUAUACUCAUUGAAAACAAACUGAAUGGAAAUAACUAUAAGGAAUGGAAAAUGAACCUGAUAAUUGUCCUAAGUUGUGAGAAACUUAAAAAAGUUCUUGAUAUUAAGUGCCCUUCAGCCACUCAAGCUGAGGCUAGAAAAUGUUGGGAAGAGUCUGAUGAGAUAGCUCGUUACUAUAUGCUGGCAAGCGUGACCAAUAGUCUGUAUAAGCAACUGGAGAGUUAUAAGACUGCUAAAGCGAUUCUAGAUAAGCUAGAGGACAUGUUUAGAGGCCAAGCUACAUUGGCUAAACAAUUUGCUAUAACUUGCUUAAUGAAUUCCCAGCAAAAGCCUAGCACUCUGGUCAAAGACCAUAUGAUCACUCUUAUGGGCUACUUUGUCGAAGCCGUGAACAAAGAGGCCAAUAUGGACCAGAACACUCAAAUUGAGAUAGUCUUCAAAAGCUUAUCCAAGGAUUUUGGUGGUUUUCGAGCUGUAUAUAACCUUGGCAACAAAAACCUGAUGCUCACACACCUCAUGAAGGACUUACAAUCAUAUGAGUUGAUGUAG